GGGGAGCCGCAGUGAGAGGAGCUCGGACGCACAGAGGAGCUGACAGAGCAUUAAUAAGAGACCGGCCCGGUUAGAGUUACAGGGAUGCAAUUUUAGUCCAAUUCUCCUCCUGGUUUCAGGCUGCGGACUAGAAAACGUGGACGCUUGGAAAAGUUUCUUUUCUUUUUCACUCAAAGCAAAUCUUAGUGGAAUUAUUUAUUCCGAAGAAAAAUAUGGGUUUGGAGCGGUUUGGCGUAAAGGCGCGGGGGACAGUAGCCUUUCUCGCCCGCUCGUUCCUUUGUACUGUCGGACUGUUGCUCACUUUUUCCCCGUCAGUCUGCGAGGCUUUCAACUUGGACGUGGAGAAUCCUUCUGUUUACAGCGGACCUGAAGGGAGCUACUUUGGAUACGCGGUGGAUUUUUAUUUGUCUGACUCAGCCGGCGCAAGUGUGGUGAUCGGAGCUCCCAAGGCCAACACAAGGCAGGUCAACGUCAUCGAGGGAGGGUCCGUUUUCUACUGUCCGUGGAGCCUCAGUCAAUCAGACUGUCACACCAUUGAGUUUGAUACAGCAGGAGAUCGCACGGUUCUGCUCAACGACACAGAGCACCAGGCUGACUUCAAGUCUCACCAGUGGUUCGGUGCCACUGUGCGUUCGCAUGGCGACACAAUUCUGGCCUGCGCUCCACUGUACUCCUGGCGGACUGAACAAGAUGUUCCUCGAUCUGAUGCCACGGGAACCUGCUACCUCUCAGUCCAAAAUUUCACCAGAUUUGUGGAGUACGCUCCGUGUCGUUCGGAAAUCAGUGAUCCGUUGGGACAAGGCUACUGUCAGGGAGGAUUCAGCGCAGACUUCACAAUGGAUGGCAAAGUGGUAUUGGGAGGGCCAGGCAGCUACUUCUGGCAAGGUCAGGUGAUCUCUGCCCAGAAGGAGGACAUUAUCAAGGCGUACUAUCCAGGAUAUUUCAUGCAGGCCGUGGAGGGCCAGAUCCAGACCAAGCAGCUUGAUGCUAAACAUGACGACAGCUACCGAGGUUAUUCUAUUGCUGUCGGGGAAUUCAGCGGUGAUCAGGAAGAAGAUUUUGUGGCCGGUGUUCCAAAAGGACUCAUGCUUUAUGGUUCGGUGUCCAUUCUGAAUGGUACGGACCUGACCACCAUGAUUAGGUACACUGGUGAGCAGAUGGGGUCAUAUUUCGGCUACGCAGUGGCAACAACAGACAUCAACAGUGACGGGAUGACUGACCUGCUGGUGGGAGCGCCGAUGCUCAUGGUCCGAAGCUCCGACGGUCGCCUGGAGGAGAUGGGACGUGUCUAUGUUUACCUCCAGCGUGGCCCCCUGGACCUGGAGCCCCGCCUGCCUCACCUGACCGGCACCCAGGUGUUUGGGAGAUUCGGCAGUACCAUCGCACCACUGGGAGAUCUCAACCUGGACGGCUUUAACGAUGUGGCUAUUAGCAGUCCGUUUGGAGGGGAGGAUCGCCAGGGGCUGGUUUACAUCUACAAUGGAUACUCGGAUGGACUCAGGGAAAAACCAUCUCAGGUGAUCACGGGUCAGUGGGCUGCUGGGAGGAUUCCUGCAAGCUUUGGAUUUGCCCUCAGAGGUGCUAAGGACCUGGACAUGAAUGGAUACCCAGAUCUCAUUGUUGGAGCCUUCGGCGUUAACAAGGCAGUUCUCUACAGGUCCCGUCCGAUAGUGAACACCACAGCCUCUCUGACAGUCUACCCCACCAUGAUUAACCCUGAAGAGAAAAACUGCGUGGUCACCAGUGGAAACGGCAGUAUUCCUGUUUCCUGUGUCAACCUGAGUUUCUGCAUAUCUGCCGAGGGGAAGCACCUACCAAGCAACCUAGAUUUCCAGGUGGAGGUGCGGCUUGACAGUCUAAAGCACAAGCAGAAAGGUGCCGUGAAGAGGGCUCUGUUCCUGGACUCCCAGCUGCCCUCGCUCCAGAGGAGUGUGAGGGUGCGCCAUGGCGAGCGAGUGUGCAACCAUACGAAGAUUUACCUCAAGGAUGAAAAGGACUUCAGGGAUAAACUCUCCCCUAUUUUUGUGGCUCUGAACUUCAGCUUGGAUCCAAAGGCCGCCGCUGACUCCCACAGCCUGCGGCCCAUCCUCAACUAUCAGACCGCCAGUGUCAUUGAGCAGAAGGCUCAGAUUCUGCUGGACUGCGGUGAGGACAACAUCUGUGUUCCUGACUUGAAGCUGUCCGUGCACGGUGACAGGAAGGAAGUCUACUUAGGUGAUGACAAUUCGCUGACCCUGACCUUCAACGCCAGGAACGAGGGCGAGGGUGGAGCGUAUGAGUCGGAGCUGUAUGUGGUGCUGCCGCCCGAAGCGGACUACAGCGGCAUUGCCCGCAAUAAUGAGAGUCUCACCCAGCUCACCUGCACCUACGUCAAUGAAAACCAGACCCGAUACCUCAGCUGUGACCUGGGCAAUCCUAUGAAGGCUGGUACCAAUCUUUGGGCAGGUCUACGAUUCAAAGUACCACGACUGAAGGACACGCACAAAACUGUUCAGUUCGAGCUGCAGAUUCGCAGUAAAAACGAGAAUAAUUCCCACAGUGAGGCUGUGUCCUAUAAGCUGGAGGUCGUAGUUCAGGCCGACGUCAUUCUGCAGGGUGUGUCUCGACCAGAUAAGGUCUUUUUCCCGGCGGCCAACUGGAAGGCGACCAGAAGCUACGCCGUGGAGCAGGAUGUCGGUCCUGCAGUGGAGCACAUCUAUGAGCUGUUGAACAACGGCCCGAGUCGGCUUGGCGAUACUGUCCUGGAGCUGCGCUGCCCUCUCAGUCUGCAGGGUCACGCUCUUCUUUACCCCCUGGAGUUCUCCACCAAAGGCCCCAUCAACUGCACGGCGGACAGAAACAUGAACCACCGAAACCUCAAACUCCAGCACACGUCCACAGAAUCCCCCGUCCUGGCUCUGAAGGCCCAUGAGCACCGAGUGGAGAGGAGGGACGUCCACAAGAAUCAGCUCGCCCAUCUGACAAACCUGUCCUGUUCCAACGUGGAGUGCUGGACGCUUCAGUGCAACGUGGGCCUGUUGGAAAAGGGGACGACCGCCAUCCUCAACGUGCGCUCUCGCAUCUGGGCCGAGACCUUCACUGAGAGACCUUACAAGCAGUAUGUCCUGGAGUGUUUGGCCAGAUACAGCGUCAAGAGCAUGCCGUAUGAAAUCUUACCCAGAACUUUACCAAGUGGCCACAAAAAGGUGGUGACCCCGGUGGUGUGGAACAAGCCGGAUAUUGAGAACUCGGUUCCGCUGUGGAUCAUCAUCUUGGCUAUUCUGGCUGGUUUACUGCUUCUGGCUCUCCUCAUCUACGUCCUAUACAGGUUUGGCUUCUUCAAGCGAUCACUGCCGUAUGGCACAGCCAUGGAGAAAGCACAGCUCAAACCACAGGCCGCGUCUGAGGCCUGAACGACCUCCAGGGCUCCCAGAACCACAGAACCUGGCCAUAUGAUUGCAAUGGAGACACAGAAAGAAGCGUGUGGAGAGAAUCAGACGGCAGUGGCAGGAGACACUACUGGAACUCUACUGUGCUGCACUAGAGGAAGAACAAGAAAAUCCAAAGAUCUCCAAGCUGAAUGAAUGUUUUAUUGUUAUUUUUUAAAAUUUUUUAAUUUAUGUCGUGCUCGUUGGUAGGUUGGGAUUAUUAAAUAAAACUUUUUCUUUUGUUUAUUUUCUGUGCCUCAAGGCACAAAAGUGACUGCAAAACAGGCGCCGGGGUUCACACAGCCUGUGAAAGCAGCCGGAUAAUACGUGAGAUGGAGAGUUGUUUUUUUUUUUUUUUUAAUACCCCUUUAACUGCUUUAUUUUGGUGCUAAUUAACAGGCGUGUGUGCCGCCUCUGACAGCAGUGUCCACAUGUUGCUUGUGGUGUGGAGGAGCUGUGAAUCACGCUGCCUGCUGAGGCCUGUACACACGGUUCACAACACAGUUUUCAGGUGCAAAUCUCAACCCGGCGUUUGUAAGAAAUCUGAUUCGCAGUAAAUUGAAGAUUUUAAUUUUUUUUUUUUUAAUAAUUUAAUCCCUGAACUAUUUUCUGGGCGUGCUAGUACAGAUACUCCCAGAAUAGGGGGGAAAAAAGCAAACAAAAAAGCAGGUAUUGAAGAUGCAAAUAUAGAUGUUUCUAAACUGGUAAUAUGGAAAAACGAUCUCUCUCUGCCUCAGGUUGGUGGACAGUGCUGGGUUAAGGUGUUUUUGCACUCAAAGGAAUCUACUGAUAUUAUUCCAGAGACACCAAAGACCGACCGACCGACCGACCGACCGACUGACUGACCUUCUUCCUUUGAGAUCUGAUUUUGACUCCUACUGAUCACUUUUGUUUGAGCGACCUGUGUGUGUGUGUGUGUGUGUGUGCGUGCGUGUGUGUGUUCAGAGUUGCCAAUGCUGACGGCGUCAUUGUUGUGUAGUUGACUGGGAUUCGACUGGAACCACCGCGACCCUCUGAAACCUCAUGUAAGGCUCAAGGCAGUGUGGCGCCUCUCUCAGAACGUGGCAGGUAAACGAUGGAGCCACGGUCGACUGUCUUUCACUGAAAAGAUGCGACAAUCAGCAGCGUUUGUAGCCUUGACCGAAAGCCGAAGGUCACGUUUUCAGCUUUCAGUGUGAGAUACUGUAACUUUUGACGGUAUUUUCAGUGAGAGGAGAAACGGUUGAAGUCGUCCCACAACCAAAAAAAACGGCUACAUGGACUGAAUGUCAAAAUGCUUUGUGUUGGUUUCUUUUUUCUGUUGUACAUAGGUUUAAAUGUGCCUUACAUGUAAAUAUGUGUGUGGUGAGACUGUUGGAUGUGUGACUUCAUGCAU